GUUGACCUUGGCGCUGAUCGGAAAGCGCUUGCAUAUGCGCGCAGUUUGAUUUUGUUUUGAUUUCGUCCUGGCAGAUUAAUGCUAUAUCCUCCCAUCUAUGAUUAAAGCAGCUCAUAGUGUUUCCAACCUAAGCUCCAAUUCCGAAUCGAGCCCUUAUCUGGUCAAACGCUCACAGAAUUCUCAUUUUGUUCAGGUUCUUGAUGAGUCGAUGUGUGUUGUUCGUGAAGAUCUCACAGAAUGGUUGCAACACUACUUAUUCUCAACUGCUAACGCUUGUCCAAUCGCUGCACACUUCUUACUUUAUCGUUUAGCAUCAGGCUUAUGGCUUUCUAGAUUGGCUUACAAGUUGCAUUAUUCAAUAUUGGAAUCAGGUUUUAAAACUGCAGUAAAAUCAAAGACAAUCAUCAAAAAAGACAAAGAAAUUGUUUCAUAUGAAUUUUUAAGAGGCGCAUUGUCUAAUCGUGAUUUGAAAAAUCUUUCUCCUCUCUCAUUACCGUCAUUUCCUCAAACAUUAACUAUCUGUGCUAAACUACCGCUUGGUCCUACAGAUCUCUGUUCGUUUUCUUCAUUACAAAAUACUUGUCGUAAUAAUUCAAGCCCUAAAAAUUGUGAUGUUGAUUUCCCUAAAGAAAAUAUAUCCCUGAAACCACGAGUCGCUGAUAGAUGGAUUGCUCGAGAUAAUAUCAGUGCAUUCAUUAAAUGGUGUAAAGAAUUGGGCGUACCUGAGACAUUAUUAUUUGAAACAAACGGAUUAAUGAAUAGAACAGAGGAGAAAAAUGUUUUACUUACACUAAUGGAGGUCGCACGUAUCGCCAGUCGUUAUGGUCUCACGGAUUUGCCUUAUUUAGUUCGUAUGGAACGAGAAAUUGAUGAGAUAGAAGCGAAACGUGCACAAGACGAAAAUUACAAAGACAACACAUAUCAUGAGGAUGCACAUCAUUUCACCAGUCAAGCAGUGAUUAACUUGGAAAGAAUUGAUCAUGAAGAUAACUACAAUUCGAGCGUUGAAGUAACUGUUGGUACAUCCGGGAAGAAGAUCCAAAAAUUGAAUUCUGACACGAAGUCCAUCGACGUGCAUUUGAACGUGAAUGCCAAUUCAGUUGAUACCAGUUUGGUCGAUUCGUGUUGUGAUGACAGUCGCUUCAUAAAUACGAAUAAUAACAAGACUGUACAAAUUCAUGUCGACAGGAAAAAUGUUUCUUCCGACAGUACUACUUUAAAUUAUUAUAAUCAUGACGAUAGUAUGGACAAUACAUACAAGUCUACGCUUGUAACAAAUAUGAAUAGUGGUUACAAUAAUCACAUGGAUGACAGUAAAACUGUAACUGCUCAGUUUGAUUAUAUUAAUAAUGAUCAUCACAAAUCUACUUGUAAUGAUAUGUCAGUUCAAACAAAGGAUGAUAAUUUAGACCAAGCUAAACGCUUACCUGUUUUAAAUGGUUCACUAUUAUCGUUAGAUGAUAGCGAUGAUAGUCCUCGUAAGGCGAUAACAGAUCAAUUUGUUCAACAACAGCAUACUGAUCAUUUGAAGAUGACUGACUCACCAUUUUGUAAUAUUGCAAACAGAAAAAGGCGUCAAACACUUCUUAUAAACGACUUAGGUCUUCAAAUACCUAUAGUAGAGAUUACGCCUCUCAAGAUUACCAAGAAAGUAGAUGAAUCAUCUUCAUUUAUGAACUCUAAAACUGUGUGCUGUAAUGAUGUCAAACCUGAAAUUGACCCACCUGAAAAGUUCAUCACUUACGAAAAUCUCGUUGAUUCAAAAAUCUCAGAUACCUGCUUAAAGAGUCUACAAGUUGAAUCAGCGAAGCUUGUCCAAGAGGAAGUUCAACAACAGGUAUGCAUUCAAGAUACAUCAACUAUACUUAACGUGUCAGUUAUGGAUUAUUUGGUAUAUAGUGAAAAGUGUACGGAAAAUCUGUCAACCGAUAUGUCUUCAAUAGCUGAUGAAUGUAUAAUUGAUAUUCAGGUAACGAAAAAUAUAUGUACUGUUUGCUUUGAUGUGCACAGUUUUGCUUGCCAACGUUACAAUGUUUCUUGAUGUCGCAUCUUUGUCAUCUGUGGCUUGUAUGCUUAUCAUAUGUCUUGUUUUAAGUGUUCCUGUAUACUCAGUGUUGAUUGUACGUAUGCUUCUUGUUUUAAUUUUCCGCUGAUUGAGUUCGAGAUGUUCUCUCUGCAAAAUAUAUUAACGUUAGAGGGUGAGUUUUAAAAUAUCUGUUACAUCUUUACUGGUUAAUGUGUUGAUGCCAAUGUAAAUGGUACAUGGCGUCUAUUUUGGUUAUGAAUUUCUCAUCCGUGCUUUGCGCGCAUCAUUUACUCAGUAUGUGGUUGGCUUUUAUUUUUUGUCUUGUUAAACAGGUUUUCGAUAUUAACGACGAGGAGCGUGUUGAGAUUGUUUUAGUCGGAUUGAUGCUGCAUGUGUACAUAUAUACGUAAUUCCGUUUAUGAUUGUUAUGCUUAUUGUUUAACAUAUUUUUUCCUUUCAAAAACUGAGUUAUUUUUUAUUUAUCUCAUUAUUUUCUUGUGCUUUAGGUUAAUAAAAAGUUGGCACAAUGUACGUGCUGCAAUCGAUUACAUAUGCAGCGUUUAGAAGAAGGUCGAUAUCGACUAGGUACACGAAUUUAUUAUUUACGCAGGUUUCGAAAUCAUGUAAUGGUUCGAGUUGGUGGUGGCUGGUUAACAUUAGAUGAAUUUUUACAGCGUCAUGAUCCUUGCAGGCGUGGUAUAACUCCAUGUUGUACGGAGACAUCAGCCGUUCCCCAUAUCAAAGCAUGCCUUGAAGUGACUAAACCAAUUCGUAGAUAUUCUGAUUUUGACACAUCAAUUCCUCGUAUAAACUCUGUGAGUAAUCUAAUGAGGCAGUCGUCCAAUAGAAGCAGUAAUGGUAGUGUGGAAAGUCCUAGGAGUGAAUCCAGUACGGUUAGUAGUACUUUAGAUAAUGGUAUCCCAAAUAAUGAAAACCUUCCUCCGUUGUCAUCAACGAUGGUAAAUGGAACAAAAUCUAAGCAAGUGAAAGCAAUAGUUACACCUCGUUCUACUGUACCAAAAGCCCCAACUCUUCGAACCGCUUCACGAACUCGUGAAUCCUCUAGAAGUCGUGAUGAUUCCACAACGAAAUCACCGCAGACAGCAACUGUUUCAAACUCCAGAGCAUUGUCAACGAAAAGAACAAAUCCUACUCAAGUUUCAAGAGAUUCUAGAGUAGCCUCACAUUCACGUAAUCCUUCUGCAAGACGUGAUGGUUCUUCAUCGAGAGUUCUGGACCUCACAACCGCUUCCCGUUCUCGUGAUUCUUCUGCUAAGCGUGAAAAAUGUACUUCGAAUAACUCUAGAUCUCAAUCAAUAUCCAACCGAACACCGUGGAGGAAUUAAUUUCAUUUUUCUAAAACUUUUUCGCUUUCUUUAAUUUCAUUUGCUUUCUGUUGUUAUCUUAUUUUAAUUAACAUCGUGUUUUUGAUCGUUUAAUUUCCUGACAUAAUAUGAACUUUCUUUAACUAUUAGUCGUUUUUUUGCUAAUGAAAGGUAGGUGUGCUUAUAUCAUCUUUUAUUAUUUAUUUAUUUUAUUUUUUGUAUAUAACAGUUUCAUCUAAGUAACACUGAACACCUAUGAUUUAUAGUAUUUUUAAAUAUUUAUACAUUCUCAUAAGUAAUUGUUGAAUAAAAUCUCUCCACAGUGUAA